CGGUGAAGCUGAUGUUCAAUUUAUGCAGGAAGGAUACAUCAACUCGCUCCACCAACUCACUCACAACCUGUUUUCCGAUCAGUUUCACAACUUUAUGGGUCAUAAGAUGAGAUUUGGAACUAUAAGAUUCUUCCCAUACUCCGACUACACAACACAAACUGCUGAGGACACUCUCCUCACUCUCAAAGACUGUCUGAAUACCAGAUUACUUUCCACUUUCUCUUCAGCAUACAAUUUCAGUAUGGAGAUUCUCGAGGCCCCUGAUCGUAACUGGGGCUAUAAAAUAGAUGGCAAAUAUAAUGGAUUUCUGGGGAUGCUUCAACGAGACGAGAUCGACUUUGGUGGACCUGUUGGACCAGCAGUAGAACGAAUGAAGGUCAUGGAAGAAGCCAGUGCAUACGGAGCUGAGAUAGUCUGUUUAGUGUCUCGUAAUCCUUCACCUCUGCCUAAAUACCUCUCAGUAAUAAGUCCUUUUACUGCAAGUCUGUGGCUGAUGCUGCUGGUGAGUUCUGUGAUGUUGAGUUUGAUCCAGUGGCUGCUGCACAAGAAGUGGAUUUGGUUGACAGGAGUACAUGGAGUGAACCUCAGUUCUGUCAUCUUGUACAACUGGGGCGCGAUACUCAACCAUCCUCCUAAGGACCCGUCUAUCAGUAAUUCAGGAAGAGUGUUGGUAGGUGUGUGGCUGGUGUUCUGCCUGGUCAUAACGACAGGAUACAGCUCAUCAUUAAUCGCACAUCUCACAGUCCAGAGUAAGAGUAAACCUCCGGAAACCUUGGAGGACCUGGUGUCUCUGAACAACUGGAGGUGGGGUAUCGAGUCUUGGAUGAUGAAAGGAUCGCCUGGAAUAUAUUUUUCCACGCAUGCAGAUCCUGUAGUGAAAAUGAUAUAUAAGAAAAUGGAGGUGAGCAUUAUCAAAAAUACACAAAAGCUAAUUUUUUUUUUUAAAUAUAAAGAUUUCAGCGCAGAAAGGGAACUUUCAUGAUAAAUUUCCUCACGGUAUAACAUAAUUACAGUGUAACAAUAAUAACCUAGCUGAUGUAACAGUAACGAUAACUGCAAAUUUAUCGUGAUAAAUCAUAAUUCAAAACUUUUCAUAAAUCAUGUUUAAGACUAUUAGGUGAAGUUAUUCAUCUUCAAGUUGAUCAUUGUGAAAGAUAUUUACAGAAACUCCAGCUAGGAAGGUUGACAAUAUGUAUCUAGUGCCAGUUAG